GUAGUUGUCCAAACUGUUGACUGGUACUGUAUGUCUAUUUGUGUAAUCAAUCACUUUGAUUAUAUAACAUACGGCAUGGAUCAAAACCUUGAAUUCUGUACUUUUAAUUCUUACGGCGCAGUAGGAAUUAGUACCCAUCUCAGGAAAAGCUUAGACUGAAAUCCCCACUAGAGAUAUAUCACACUUGACUUAUAUCACACAAUCAUAUUGAAGAGGGACUGAAGCGAAUUUGCCAACUUAUCUCUGAGCCAUUGCGAGGGAAAGACCGAGAGGAGGCUGGUGGCUCUCGUUUCAUAACGUAUUCCACUUAUCGACCACCACACUCCUGUCCUUGAGGGGCUUGGAGCUCCACCCCACACACACGGCACAGCACAGCUAAAGCCAGUGGCUCUGCUCUGUCCCAGUGCUGCCAAGACAUCCAUGUAGCAGUGGCCCAAAGCAGAGUGGCAACAGUUCACAGGCCAAGACCAACCCCUCCCCUUCAUUCCUCCACAAGUGGAGUCACACCAGGCUCCAGACGAGGACAAAGGGCACGACUCACUGAGCCAACAAGACUACCCCCCUCCCCCUCCCGGAGAACCAGCUGGGCAGCCGGUCACUCCCUCUCCAGCUAAACAACCACCACCAUGCUCUUUGCUAUCUCCAGAAUCAAUGCACAGCGUACAUGCUCUCUCUGCUUUCCUGGGGGGGAGAGAGAGGGAGAGCAAGCUCUUAUUGGACCAGAUUCCAAUUCCGUUAGCAACCAUUAUAUGACCAUCCAACCUCUGUAUAGGGCCCUGACGAGAGGUUCCAGGAAAUUCAUUCUCAAUGCAGUCACCCGUCGUGAUAAUAAAUAUUAACGAUAGUGAUAUUACUGUGCAACGUAGACAUUCUAUUUUCUUCCAAGAUGGCAAGACAAUUCAUAUGUUGUUGUAGUGCCCAUCGGUUAUGAAUGUUUCAACCUCUGUGUUGAGAAGUUGUUUUUACCAUCAAUUUCUGGUGUAACGAGUACACCCCCCCCCAAAAUAACUACACUAACCAUGAGCCUUGCUGUCUAUUUCGUCCAGUAAUAGAGCAGGUACAAGUCACGUGCUCCACAAGCGAACACUUGAGUGUUCGUCAACAGAGCAAGUCACUUGCAUCUCCGCCGUGAUUGGAUGAUUGAGCAGCAUUAUGUGCUCGCCAACAGAUCACGUGACUUGCAUCUGCUCUUUGACUGGACGACACAGACCGCAAUGCUGUGUGGGAUGAGUAGUUUGUUUACCUCAUGACUCCUGUAUGUACACAGUCUACCCUUGACUUUUUUUUGCUUUCAUAUAUCACAGUUGUUGUAAGGCAAGGUGGUUCCAAACGUAAUCUUUUGAAUGAAUGAAUGAUUAAUUGUUCACCCCAGAGAUGUUAAUCUAUUCAACGUUUGGAACCACGAUAAUAAGCAUGUUGUUGAAAUACAUGCUAAAAAUGAGUGGCCGUGUCAGUCCCGGAGCGUGCCACGGCCUGUCGGUGUUGCAGAAAUGCACAAGAUAAUUGGCUAAAAAUCGUAUUUAGAGCUUGUAAAUCCCAGAAGUUUUGUUUACAAUUCAAUUCUCCAAGUUCUGCUUUUUUGGUUCACAUUAGAAUAAUGCCAAUAGUCAUAACUGCUUCCUUGGCUUGUAGGAGACUUGUAGGCAGUGGAGGCUAUAGCAGACUCCUGGUGUGGUGUUGACAGGGCAGCAGGCAGGCAUCUGGGUCUGGUUUUCCACUAUUGUCUGGUCAGGAGGUUGACGGGAGUCCUCACCUCUGCAGUGCAGCCCACAGGAAGCAGCGUCCAGGAAGUCUUUGGAGGGUCUCGCUCCUGGCCGGAGGUGUUUCAUCGACCGGCCAUGUGGAGACUGAGGUGGCCAGACAGAAGAUGAACAGCAAGGCCACACCACCACCCCACUACCUCUCCCUAACACAACUAAGGACUGGGUUCUGGGCCUAGGGGGCUGCUUCAUGGUCCUCAGUCACAGGGUCCCCCACUUACAUGCAGAGGGCGUGUGUGUUGUGAACACUGCGGGGGGGCCUUGGCAACUGAGGCAGGCAUUAAUCAAUCUGCUCCUUUGUGGAGCUCUUGACCUCGUGAUGAAUAACAGAUAAUGAGGGAAAAUAAGGAGCCUUGUUAAGUGCCAGAAGUGCAACUGGUUAGGAGUCAACUACUCUCCCUUUGAACUUUCAAAGUCACCUCAGCCAAACCUUGCUGCAUGCUGGUCUAAUGGGUUUUUUGUAAACCUGUCUUUGUAAUUAGACCUCAACCCAUAAUUGCAGUCAUGUUAUAUUUGUGUGUGUGGCUGAUUGCAUUCAGUAAGAUGAUGAAAGAGAUGGCAGGGGUCGGCUGCCGUUUGACUAAAGAAGCCAAUUAAAUUGGUUUUGGGUUUAUAUAUUAGUUUUCAAAAUGAGGUCGUAAAUGCUUUUAUUUGUUUGUCUGAUGAUUUGGGUGUAAUGCAUGGUGGCUUUACUAGCAUGACCUUUUGAAUAAAGGGAGGUGGAGUCUCAGAUUGCACCCUAUUCCCUAUAUAGUUCAAUACUUUAUCAAAAGUUCUACACUAUACGGGGAAUAGGGUGUCAUUUUGGAACAAAAACCUCUCUGAUCUUCUACAUCCUGGCUCAGACAGCCAGGGCCUCAUUUUCCCACCCUGGUAUUAGGCAGUUUGCUCUUUUUGGAUCCUGAAAGAGAUAUUGAAACUCCUAUUGCAGGUGGGGCUGUGCCACCUAGUUGCUCUGAUGUCUAUUUGGUUCAGAUCAGCAUGUUUUAUUCUCCCUGGUCCACAGAGAUAUAACGUGUUUAGAGAGCAUCUUUCUAAAUUGGAAGAACUGCUUUGAAGAUGCUGUUAUAGAUAUAGUAUAAAAAUAUAUAUAUUUUAAAUCACUUUAAAGGAAUUUUCUUCAAAAGCCCCCCAAAAAAUUCUCCAAGUAUAGUGUCUACAGAAUUACUUUUUCAUAGGUUUGUUAUGGAAAGAGAGGUGAGUUUAGGGGAAUCGCUCACUGCAAUGGUGGUAAUUAACUUUAUUUGGUAAAUGGCAGUCUGAGCCUUGGCUACUUCAAACCGGUCUGGGGGUCGUAAAAGCUGGAGGACAUGUUAGGCUUGCACUUUGUUUGGGACGUGGCCCUGUAAGUUCACGCAGGGGUCAUGAAAACCAGGUGCCAUUGGAUGGUUAAUUUAUAUAUACCUCUAGGGUUGGGCGGUAUCCAGAUGUUCAUACCGUUUCUGUACCCUACCUGGGGUAUAUGGUUUUACCAGAAGUGAACACAAGGGGUGCUGUUUCCCCCAAAAUAAUCUAAAAAUGUUUUUCUCCAAGUAGAUCUUUCUUUGGGUUACGCACAAAACUAUUUAGGCAACAGGGAUCAUGAUCAAGGAAGGGAUUGAAUGUCUCUGCUGUAACCAAGAAGCUUGAUCUUGACAUCUUGACACUUAUCUAGCAAGUUAGCAAACCAAAUACGUAGCUGGAGUCUUGAGCUGGAUAUCAUUUAUUUGACGUCUUAGAUUUCGUCUAGUUAUACCUCAGCAGUGUGGCUGCUUUAUACCUGAAUCUGACGGCCAUAAGAUCUGCCUAUCCUGCCUGGGUCAGGAGCAUGCGCAACCUGCCCUGUACCCUCAGUCAUGCAUGGAGUGCGCUCAUUGUGGCCUUAUGUCGAUGCGUUCACUGAGGAGAUGAGUGGCGUUCUUCAGGCUUGGCCUCAUAUCCCCUCAGCCUGUAUCUGCAUCAGCACCCUCUCCCAGGCUUGGCUUCGUAUCCCCUCAGCCUGUAUCUACAUCAGCACCCUCUCCCAGGCUUGGCCUCGUAUCCCCUCGCUCUCAGCCUGUAUCGGCAUCAGCACCCUCUCCCAGGCUUGGCCUCGUUUCCCCUCUCCCUCAGCCUGUAUCUACAUCAGCACCCUCUCCCAGGCUUGGCCUCAUAUCCCCUCUCCCUCAGCCUGUAUCUGCAUCAGCACCCUCUCCCAGGCUUGGCUUCCUAUCCCCUCUCCCUCAGCCUGUAUCUGCAUCAGCACCCUCUCCCAGGCUUGGCUUCCUAUCCCCUCUCCCUCAGCCUGUAUCUGCAUCAGCACCCUCUCCCAGGCUUGGCCUCGUAUCCCCUCAGCCUGUAUCUGCAUCAGCACCCUCUCCCAGGCUUGGCUUCGUAUCCCCUCUCCCUCAGCCUGUAUCUACAUCAGCACCCUCUCCCAGACUUGGCUUCGUAUCCCCUCUCCCUCAGCCUGUAUCUGCAUCAGCACCCUCUCCCAGGCUUGGCCUCGAAUCCCCUCUCCCUCAGCCUGUAUCUGCAUCAGCACCCUCUCCCAGGCUUGGCUUCGUAUCCCCUCAGCCUGUAUCUACAUCAGCACCCUCUCCCAGGCUUGGCCUCGUAUCCCCUCAGCCUGUAUCUACAUCAGCAUCCUCUCCCAGGCUUGGCCUCGUAUCUCCUCGCUCUCAGCCUGUAUCUGCAUCAGCACCCUCUCCCAGGCUUGGCCUCGUUUCCCCUCUCCCUCAGCCUGUAUCUACAUCAGCACCCUCUCCCAGGCUUGGCCUCGUAUCCCCCCUCCCUCAGCCUGUAUCUGCAUCAGCACCCUCUCCCAGGCUUGGCCUCAUAUCCCCUCAGCCUGUAUCUACAUCAGCACCCUCUCCCAGGCUUGGCCUCGUAUCCCCUCAGCCUGUAUCUACAUCAGCACCCUCUCCCAGGCUUGGCCUCGUAUCCCCUCAGCCUGUAUCUACAUCAGCACCCUCUCCCAGGCUUGGCCUCGUAUCCCCUCAGCCUGUAUCUACAUCAGCACCCUCUCCCAGGCUUGGCUUCGUAUCCCCUCAGCCUGUAUCUACAUCAGCACCCUCUCCCAGGCUUGGCCUCGUAUCUCCUCGCUCUCAGCCUGUAUCUGCAUCAGCACCCUCUCCCAGGCUUGGCCUCGUUUCCCCUCUCCCUCAGCCUGUAUCUACAUCAGCACCCUCUCCCAGGCUUGGCCUCGUAUCCCCUCUCCCUCAGCCUGUAUCUGCAUCAGCACCCUCUCCCAGGCUUGGCUUCGUAUCCCCUCGCUCUCAGCCUGUAUCUACAUCAGCACUCUCUCCCAGGCUUGGCCUCGUAUCCCCUCAACCUGUAUCUACAUCAGCACCCUCUCCCAGGCUUGGCCUCGUAUCCCCUCAGCCUGUAUCUACAUCAGCACCCUCUCCCAGGCUUGGCUUCGUAUCCCCUCAGCCUGUAUCUGCAUCAGCACCCUCUCCCAGGCUUGGCUUCGUAUCCCCUCAGCCUGUAUCUACAUCAGCACCCUCUCCCAGGCUUGGCCUCGUAUCCCCUCAGCCUGUAUCUGCAUCAGCACCCUCUCCCAGGCUUGGCUUCGUAUCCCCUCAGCCUGUAUCUGCAUCAGCACCCUCUCCCAUGCUUGGCUUCGCAUCUCCUCGCUCUCAGCCUGUAUCUGCAUCAGCACCCUCUCCCAGGCUUGGCCUCGUUUCCCCUCUCCCUCAGCCUGUAUCUACAUCAGCACCCUCUCCCAGGCUUGGCCUCGUAUCCCCUCUCCCUCAGCCUGUAUCUGCAUCAGCACCCUCUCCCAGGCUUGGCUUCGUAUCUCCUCGCUCUCAGCCUGUAUCUGCAUCAGCACCCUCUCCCAGGCUUGGCUUCGUAUCCCCUCAGCCUGUAUCUACAUCAGCACCCUUUCCCAGGCUUGGCCUCGUAUCCCCUCUCCCUCAGCCUGUAUCUGCAUCAGCACCCUCUCCCAGGCUUGGCCUCGUAUCUACAUCAGCACCCUCUCCCAGGCUUGGCUUCGUAUCCCCUCUCCCUCAGCCUGUAUCUACAUCAGCACCCUCUCCCAGGCUUGGCUUCGUAUCCCCUCUCCCUCAGCCUGUAUCUGCAUCAGCACCCUCUCCCAGGCUUGGUUUCGUAUCCCCUCAGCCUGUAUCUACAUCAGCACCCUCUCCCAGGCUUGGCCUCGUAUCCCCUCAGCCUGUAUCUACAUCAGCACCCUCUCCCAGGCUUGGCUUCGUAUCCCCUCAGCCUGUAUCUACAUCAGCACCCUCUCCCAGACUUGGCCUCGUAUCUCCUCGCUCUCAGCCUGUAUCUGCAUCAGCACCCUCUCCCAGGCUUGGCCUCGUUUCCCCUCUCCCUCAGCCUGUAUCUACAUCAGCACCCUCUCCCAGGCUUGGCCUCGUAUCCCCUCUCCCUCAGCCUGUAUCUGCAUCAGCACCCUCUCCCAGGCUUGGCCUCGUAUCUCCUCGCUCUCAGCCUGUAUCUGCAUCAGCACCCUCUCCCAGGCUUGGCCUCCUAUCCCCUCUCCCUCAGCCUGUAUCUACAUCAGCACCCUCUCCCAGGCUUGGCCUCGUAUCCCCUCUCCCUCAGCCUGUAUCUGCAUCAGCACCCUCUCCCAGGCUUGGCCUCGUAUCCCCUCAGCCUGUAUCUACAUCAGCACCCUCUCCCAGGCUUGGCCUCGUAUCCCCUCGCUCUCAGCCUGUAUCUACAUCAGCACCCUCUCCCAGGCUUGGCCUCGUAUCCCCUCAACCUGUAUCUACAUCAGCACCCUCUCCCAGGCUUGGCCUCGUAUCCCCUCAGCCUGUAUCUACAUCAGCACCCUCUCCCAGGCUUGGCUUCGUAUCCCCUCAGCCUGUAUCUGCAUCAGCACCCUCUCCCAGGCUUGGCCUCGUAUCCCCUCAGCCUGUAUCUACAUCAGCACCCUCUCGCAGGCUUGGCCUCGUAUCUCCUCGCUCUCAGCCUGUAUCUACAUCAGCACCCUCUCCCAGGCUUGGCUUCGUAUCUCCUCUCCCUCAGCCUGUAUCUACAUCAGCACCCUCUCCCAGGCUUGGCUUCGUAUCCCCUCAGCCUGUAUCUACAUCAGCACCCUCUCCCAGGCUUGGCUUCGUAUCCCCUCAGCCUGUAUCUGCAUCAGCACCCUCUCCCAUGCUUGGCUUCGCAUCUCCUCGCUCUCAGCCUGUAUCUGCAUCAGCACCCUCUCCCAGGCUUGGCUUCGUAUCCCCUCAGCCUGUAUCUACAUCAGCACCCUGUCCCAGGCUUGGCCUCGUAUCCCCUCUCCCUCAGCCUGUAUCUGCAUCAGCACCCUCUCCCAGGCUUGGCCUCGUAUCCCCUCAGCCUGUAUCUGCAUCAGCACCCUCUCCCAGGCUUGGCUUCGUAUCCCCUCUCCCUCAGCCUGUAUCUGCAUCAGCACCCUCUCCCAGGCUUGGCCUCGUAUCUACAUCAGCACCCUCUCCCAGGCUUGGCUUCGUAUCCCCUCUCCCUCAGCCUGUAUCUACAUCAGCACCCUCUCCCAGGCUUGGCUUCGUAUCCCCUCUCCCUCAGCCUGUAUCUGCAUCAGCACCCUCUCCCAGGCUUGGCUUCGUAUCCCCUCAGCCUGUAUCUACAUCAGCACCCUCUCCCAAGCUUGGCCUCGUAUCCCCUCAGCCUGUAUCUACAUCAGCACCCUCUCCCAGGCUUGGCUUCGUAUCCCCUCAGCCUGUAUCUACAUCAGCACCCUCUCCCAGACCUGGCCUCGUAUCUCCUCGCUCUCAGCCUGUAUCUGCAUCAGCACCCUCUCCCAGGCUUGGCCUCGUAUCCCCUCUCCCUCAGCCUGUAUCUGCAUCAGCACCCUCUCCCAGGCUUGGCCUCGUAUCUCCUCGCUCUCAGCCUGUAUCUGCAUCAGCACCCUCUCCCAGGCUUGGCCUCCUAUCCCCUCUCCCUCAGCCUGUAUCUACAUCAGCACCCUCUCCCAGGCUUGGCCUCGUAUCCCCUCUCCCUCAGCCUGUAUCUGCAUCAGCACCCUCUCCCAGGCUUGGCCUCGUAUCCCCUCAGCCUGUAUCUACAUCAGCACCCUCUCCCAGGCUUGGCCUCGUAUCCCCUCGCUCUCAGCCUGUAUCUACAUCAGCACCCUCUCCCAGGCUUGGCCUCGUAUCCCCUCAGCCUGUAUCUACAUCAGCACCCUCUCCCAGGCUUGGCCUCGUAUCCCCUCAGCCUGUAUCUACAUCAGCACCCUCUCCCAGGCUUGGCUUCGUAUCCCCUCAGCCUGUAUCUGCAUCAGCACCCUCUCCCAGGCUUGGCCUCGUAUCCCCUCAGCCUGUAUCUACAUCAGCACCCUCUCGCAGGCUUGGCCUCGUAUCUCCUCGCUCUCAGCCUGUAUCUGCAUCAGCACCCUCUCCCAGGCUUGGCCUCGUUUCCCCUCUCCCUCAGCCUGUAUCUACAUCAGCACCCUCUCCCAGGCUUGGCUUCGUAUCCCCUCAGCCUGUAUCUACAUCAGCACCCUCUCCCAGGCUUGGCUUCGUAUCUCCUCUCCCUCAGCCUGUAUCUACAUCAGCACCCUCUCCCAGGCUUGGCUUCGUAUCCCCUCAGCCUGUAUCUACAUCAGCACCCUCUCCCAGGCUUGGCCUCGUAUCCCCUCAGCCUGUAUCUACAUCAGCAUCCUCUCCCAGGCUUCGCUUCGUAUCCCCUCAGCCUGUAUCUACAUCAGCACCCUCUCCCAGGCUUGGCCUCGUAUCCCCUCAGCCUGUAUCUACAUCAGCACCCUCUCCCAGGCUUGGCCUCGUAUCUACAUCAGCACCCUCUCCCAGGCUUGGCUUCGUAUCUCCUCGCUCUCAGCCUGUAUCUGCAUCAGCACCCUCUCCCAGGCUUGGCCUCGUUUCCCCUCUCCCUCAGCCUGUAUCUGCAUCAGCACCCUCUCCCAGGCUUGGCUUCGUAUCUCCUCGCUCUCAGCCUGUAUCUGCAUCAGCACCCUCUCCCAGGCUUGGCUUCGUAUCCCCUCAGCCUGUAUCUGCAUCAGCACCCUCUCCCAGACCUGGAUAAGCAGCAGAGCGGGCUCCCACCUCAGCAGCAGAGUUAAAGGAAUAGCGCCUCUGUCGAGGACCGUGUCUUCAGCAGCUAACCCCAAUAGAGUGGACCCCAAUCUGAUGCAGGCCAUCAUGUACUUGGACCGAGGAGAGGACCCUGAGGGUCUUAGGCGAAGGGGCCUGGGCCCCUACCCUGCAGGCCCACCCGGGGACACUUACAAAACAGUACGGGAUCGCUCUCCCAUCAGGAUGGAUAUCCCACCAGGCCCUGUUAUCAUGCGCUCUGGGUCCAACACCAGCAAAAGGAGCUACUCCCCAGACAGGGACCAGAAGAGCUUCUCCUACCAGCAGAGCCAGCAGAAGAGGUAUAACGAAGAGCCUCACAGCCAGAACAGAGAACCUGAUAAGCCCAGGUUGCUAAGCCACACCAGAAGUACCUCCCUAGACGGAUCAGCGAAAAGCUGUGUGGCAAUCAAGGAGGAGAGUGUCCCCACUCCAGCCCUGCUAGCGGGGCCGAAGGAGACGGUCUCGGCCAAGGAGGAGACGGAGCAGACGCAGGACAACUUUAAGACACGACGCUCUCAAGCCAUCGCAGCUAAAGCGCUGGAAAUCGAGAAGCGGUACAAGCAGGACUGCGAGACAUUUGGCACGGUGGUGAAGAUGCUGGUUAUCAAGGAGCCCAGUCUGGAGAAGAUGCUUCAGAACCCUCUGAAGGACAACCUGAUUGAGAUCAGGGAGCGUUGCCUUGACGACCUCCGACACUUCAUCAUAGAGCUGGACCAGGUCAUAAAGCCCCAACCAUCAACAUGAGGGGGAACCACAAAUCCCUUACUACAUGCCAGGAUUGAUGGACCAGAGGUUUGGCCGGUGGUAUAGACAUUGUGAGAGGAGGCAACCCUGUGUGAUAUUCUCUCAAUACUGUGUCAAUAAGAGAGAACCAUUCACAUUCAAGUAACAUUUUUACCUAAAAAUAAUUGGUCACAAAAGAAGUUACUUGAUUUUAUUGAAAUCAUGCUUAAUUGAGAAUAAGUGUUUUAUUUUCACCAACCUUUUCUGAGUCGAAAUGCAAGUCCAGAUCUACCACUCAGACGUUUACUAAAUAUGACUUAAAAAACCUUAACCUGUGCUACAUUAACCAAUUAAAAACAGUUCUGUAGCAAUGAGGUUUGUACAGUAAGCUAUAGGCCCAAUACAUUAUCACUGCUUAUUGGCUUUGCUUUAAUUUCCCUGCCAAUGCAUUGUUGUUCGGACCAUUUAAAAAUAUAUAUAUUUCAAAAUUUGAGGUAAGCUAUAUGAUCACACAGUAAUAGAUCAGUUGUUGUAUUACUUGUGAGUCGAAGCUAAGUGAGCAUAUUUAAAUAAUUUGCUUUUAAUUUUACUGGGCUGAUGGUGCCUGUAUCUGAUGGUCAGUCUCAGCAGUCCGCCUCUCCACAUCCCUCUACUCUCCCUUUCCUCCGCUGACACUGACCAAAAAGGACACUGUCAUCCAGUUGAUGGUGGAUCUCGACUCGCAUCAUUCUCAGUCUCUUUCUUAAUGGUUUUGAAAUCUCACAGUAUCUGUAGCUUUCCUUCACGCCUGCUACGUUACUGCAGACACGGUAAUCUGAGCCAUCCAAUCGGCCAGCGGUAGGCCUUUAGUGCACUACAUUUGCUCUGCAGGCCCGCCGGGAAGGCAGAGUUGGUACCUUCAGACAAAUGAAAUGGUUCAAAAUUGGAACACUUCGCCUUCCCGGCAUGCAGGGCAGCUGAAUCAAGUGCACCUACCGACAACAGCGCAAGACAAAAAAAUUAUACAAACGCAAGGAUUUAUCUUUUUUUUUUUUUCUUCUUUUUUUUUUUUACAUAAAUGUUUGGGAUUGACAAGAAAUGCCUUUGAGAUAGACCAGUUGGUCGCCACUGCUUUGGGGAGGUCAUAGAAGAAAAUAUGUAAAAAAAAAAACGACGCAUUCUAAUUUUAUUGGCUUGUUUCAAUGCUGUUCUAGAUUUCAGACUUGGAAAGAGAAUUCUGCUGUCGUUACUCUAAAUGCCCAGCUGUCAUUUCUUUACUCUGUCAUCCACUACUACUACUGGCUUUCUGACCAAGCAGUAAACAACCUAAUCAUAGAGUUUGCAUAUUUUUGUGUAUUUACUGUCAUAUGUUCUGAAGUUAUUUCUAUUUGGUAAUAAAAUUGAUAUAACAACUGGUGCUCUACACUAAUCCUUCUUUAUACAGUACUAGUUCUGUACCAGCUUUUUGGGAUGGAAUAAAAUCACAUUCUCAUUA